AGAGGGUAGAGAGGCCUGUCGGAGUCACGGACGAAGGAAAACAGAAUUAAUAUCUACGGCUGCUGGGAAACGAAGAAAAACUGCGGAGUUUUCUGUCCUUACGGAACGAUUCCGGUGACGCUUUGCGCCAGAAAGCGUUCCUGUGAGGAACAAGUACGCGCCCAUCAUGAAGUUUGGUCGCAACCUCCCACGAAACGUCGUCCCAGAAUGGGGCUCCUCGUACAUCAAGUACAAGGCAUUGAAGAAGCUGAUCAAGCUUGCCGCGGAUGACAUGAAGGCUGGCAAAGAGCCCGACCUUGCUGGAUUCUUCUACUCCCUUGACCGGAAUCUCGAAGAUGUCGACCAUUUCUAUAACAAGAAAUUCGCAGAUUUCUCUAGGCGCCUGAAACUGCUGGAGGAUCGUUUCGGACAUUCGAGGGUUGCGGGGCAGCGGUUAGAGUUGGAGGAUGUCGAGGACCUUCUAGCUGCGUUGUUGGAACUACGUGGUCAACUGCGGAAGCUACAGUGGUAUGGAGAGGUAAACCGCCGAGGAUUUAUUAAGAUCACCAAGAAGUUAGACAAGAAAGUCCCGGGUGCUCAGGCACAAAAGAGAUACCUCGAGGCGAAGGUUGAUCCCGCACCUUUCGCUACGAAUACUCGUCUAUCUCAAGCUCUGAAGCACAUCAAUGACUGGCUAUCGGUGCUGGGCGACCAGAAAGUCCAAGACGACGCCAGCUCGACCCAUUCUUCUCUGUCUCUAAAGAAGGUCUCCUCGCGCCCGAUCCUCAACCUUCCCUCGAGCGUUCUCGUGGCGGUCGAUGAGGCACUUCGCAAAGAUGACACGCAUGUCCUUCUGGAACUGCUCGAGACUCUCAAGAUUGCGGCGGAUGAGAUGGGUGACAAUAUCUACCCCAAGGUUCUGAAAAACCUCUUGCAACGAGCUAUUUUUACGCGUGCGAAGUCCUCUGUUACGGUAUUACUGGACAGAAUUGAUGACCUCGAAGAGGACGACGAUAUUAACAAGCGGAACUGCAUCCACCGUCUAGUGAUCUCCAUUGGAAGAGCGCAGUCUACCUCGGAUUCAGAGCAGGCCGCUUCUAUGGUCCUGGACUUCCCUCUGGAAACGUCCAACUACAUCACCCCGGCUGCUCCUCCUACCUUGCAGCCGCCUCGCGCUGUCGUGAAGGAGACCAGUCAGCCACAGACCCUAGACAGAGAUGAUCCGUCAGUCUCCCUGCUACAGCACCUGCUAGACCAUCUUCACCCUCGCCAGAAAAGCGCAUUACUUGCCAAGGACCUGUCGGGCCGUACACCCCUUCAUUACGCUGCCCAGUACGGAUUCAGGGUUGUCUGCGAAGUUAUCAUCGAGCAUCUCCAGGCAUGGGAUAUGUUUGAUGUUAGCGAGGGUAUCGACGGACCUGCGUGGCAAGAUAACGAAGGAUGGGCGCCUCUUCACUUAAGUGUGGUGGGCGGACAUCCACUUACCACUCGGACUCUGCUCGAUGCAGAGAAUUGGAAGGGCUCUUCCACGGAGAAGGCUGCUAUCCGCAAGCACGUCUCCAAGUCAAGCGCCGUUCUUGCGCUGGCAACCAAGGCGAAUUUCGUUGAUAUUGUCCAGCUUCUGGUUGAUGCGGGCGUUGACAUCAACUAUCAGGAUGAGCAGGGUGAAACUGCUCUUCAUAUUGCGGCUCGCUUCGGGCACGAUGAAUGUGCAAAGAUCCUCCUGGAAGGCUCUAAUGACCAGAAAGCAGACACUGAGCUUGCCGAGAACACCUAUUCCUGGACGCCCCUGUUCAUCGCCUGUGUUGAUGGUUCACUCAGUGUGGUAGAAUUGCUCAUUGAGGCUGGUGCCGACCUUGAGCGAUUAGAUUCUUCCGGAUGGACGGCGAAGGAACAUGCCUCUCUCAGAGGUCAUCUUCCCAUUGCUCGACGUCUUGCUGAGAUUAACCCUACACCUGUUGUCACUGAAUCGGAACCAGUCAAUGUUCCUGUGCCGGCAUCUUCUUCUCCGCCGCAGUCGUCGCUUAUUGAGCGGAAGUCCAAUUCCAACGUGAAUUCUGCAAGCGGGAGUUCUGGGACACGGAGUCCUGAGCCUAUCAAGUCCUUCGGACAUCGGUAUCUUACCGAUGAAUCCAUGAUUUUGGUCAGCUUGGGCACUAUGGACAUGCGCAAAUCUGUUCCCGCCGUCAGCCUCGAUCAGAUCCCCGUUUCCAGUGCCCAUUCCACUCAACUUGACACCGCACUAUCUAUUGUCGUGUCGGCCAGUGGAGCUCACGGUGAACCGGAGCUGAUCGAUCUCCCCAUCCAAGACAACAUCUCUACGGAGCCCAUAGUUUUCCACUCCGCAGAUCCCACCAAGGUUAAGCUCCUGUUUGAUUUGAUCCCUACAUACGCUGGUUCGAAAGACAAGGUCGUCGGACGGGGUGUUGCUUUGCUUUCUAGUAUCAGACCCAGCAUCGGCUCUGAUCGCAUUAACCUGAAGGGAGAUUCAACCGUCCCCAUCGUGGCCGCGAAUACGCUGGAGGUCAUCGGUUCUGUCACCUUCAACUUCCUCGUCAUCACCCCGUUUAGCCACCCAAACAUGUCGAUCACUGAGAACCAGACGUAUUGGAGAACAAUGACUUCAACUAUGGUUAUCGGACAUCGAGGUCUCGGAAAGAACUUUGCCAGCCGGAAGUCUCUGCAACUCGGAGAGAACACUGUUCAGUCCUUCAUUGCUGCGGCGAAUUUAGGAGCAUCUUAUGUUGAGGUGAAUAUUCAACUGACUAAAGAUCACGUUCCCGUUAUUUAUCACGACUUUCUCGUCAGUGAGACUGGAAUUGAUGCUCCAGUUCAUACGCUUACCCUUGAGCAAUUUCUCCAUUUGAGCGAGGCACGUACCAGUCGUUCGUCUCGAUCUGGCUCUCCUCAGAGUAGCGAUCGUCUGGGGAAUAUUCGACACGCUACCUCCCGACAGCGAUCAAUGUCCGUUGGUGGUUCCGAGUAUGACUCGUCAGAUAUGAACGAGAAGAUGAAGCACACGCGUGACUUCAAGAAGAAAGGGUUCAAAGGAAACAGCCGUGGAAGCCAUAUCCAGGCACCUUUUGCAACGUUGGAGGAUCUUUUCAGAAAGCUACCUAAGUCUGUUGGGUUUAACAUGGAACUGAAGUAUCCCAUGCUCCACGAGACUGAGGAGGAAGAGAUGGAUACUUACGCGGUCGAACUCAACUCUUUCGUGGACACUGUCCUUACGAAAGUCUAUGAGAUGGGCAAAGGUCGCAACAUGCUCUUCUCAAGCUUUAACCCCGACUGCUGCCUGCUGCUUGCUUUCAAGCAGCCCUCUAUCCCAGUGCUCUUCUUAACCGAUGCGGGAACGUCUCCCGUUGGCGAUAUUCGUGCAAGUAGCUUGCAGGAGGCGGUUCGUUUCGCAUCCAGGUGGAGUCUCUUGGGUGUCGUCUCGAGUGCCGAACCCCUUGUCAUCGCGCCCCGUCUUGUAAAGGUCGUCAAGGAGUCUGGUCUUGUUUGUGUUUCUUAUGGAACCCUCAAUAAUGACCCUGAGAAUGUCAAGCUCCAAGUAGCGGAGGGAAUUGACGCUGUCAUCGUCGACUCUGUUCUUGCUAUCCGGAAAGGUCUCACUGAGCAUGACAAGCGCGAGACUCCCUCACCUUCUCCUCGCCCCAGCCCGCAAAGAGGCCCGAGCACUGAGAGUCUGAAAGACUCUAUGACCAUCCCUGUCCUGAACAAUAUGGAACACCAGGGCAACACCAUACACGCGAAUGCUCAAGCGAUGGCUCAAGGAAAAUAGAUACUGCGCAGACCCUAUCUGGUCCUGCAUUUAUCACUGACGUUGUCUAAUGCAUGGCUCUCUUCCAUGCUUGCUCUUUUUAUUUUCCAUCUCUUUUUUCUAAUUUGUCGAUGAUUUUCUUUACUUCAACGACACAGUUCUGACAACUGUUCGCAAAAUACUUGCGUGACAUUUUUCCUCGCUUUUUGCUCUGAAUACUUGAGAAUAGAUAUCACCGUUAUUCAACAUGGCGAUAUCUCAAUCGCAUGCAUUGAAUUUAAAAAAAUUCGGUUGCUAUACUAUAUCAUGAGGUUAGACUCAUGGUAGACAAUUUACAAUUAAUCAUAACGUCUAUCUGGCCUAAGUGGGCUUCAGAAGAAGGGGUUCCUAAACCUUCAGCUAA